AUGAUGCGCUCCCAGCUUCAAUCCGCCAGCCGCCUGGCCCGGCCCUCCACCUCCGCCGCGACCUCGAGAAUCGCCGGCGCCGCCCGCCUUCACAUCUCCAACACCGUCGCCUCAAAAACGAACGCCGUCCGCUCCAUCGCCACGAGAACGAUACCCCGAGCUGCCCUCCCCGCCCUCACCUCGUCGCAAUACCGCUCCUUCUCCUCCACCCGCAUCCAGCAUGGCGAGAUGAUCAUCACCGUGCCCCCGAUGGCCGAGUCCAUCAACGAGGGCACCGUCUCGAACCUGUCGAAGCAGGUCGGCGACUUCGUCGAGGCUGACGAGGAGGUCGCCAGCAUCGAGACCGACAAGAUCGACGUCGCCGUCAACGCCUCCGAGGCCGGCACCAUCGUCGAGAUCUUCGUCGCAGAGGGCGACACCGUCGAGGUCGGGGCCAAGGUCGCCCGCGUCGAGACCGGCGGCGCCGCUCCUCCCAAGGAGGACAAGCCCGCCCCUAAGCAGGAGGAGUCCAAGCCCGAGGCCAGCAAGCCCGCCGAGCCCGCCGCCGCCCCUGCCCCGGAGCAGAAGAAGGAGCCCGAGGCCCCCAAGAAGGAGGAGAGCAAGCCCGCCGCUCCCGCUCCCGCGCCCCAACAACAAAAGAAGCCCGCCGAGACGGCCCCCGUCGCCCAGGCCGCCCCGUUCGGCGCCACCGGCCUCUUCUCCCGCGCCGAGCGCGUCGAGAAGAUGACGCGCAUGCGCAAGACCAUCGCCUCCAAGCUCAAGCAGUCCCAGAACAUGACCGCCUCCCUGACCACCAUCAACGAGGUCGACAUGUCCGCCCUGAUGCAGUGGCGCGCGCGCAACAAGGAGGACGUCAUGAAGCGCCACGGCGUCCGGCUGGGCUACAUGGGCGCCUUCACCAAGGCCACCUGCCUGGCCGCCCAGCAGGUGCCCCAGAUGAACGCCUCCAUCGACACCGACAAGGAGAUCAUCACCUACCGCGACUACGUCGACAUCAGCAUCGCCGUGUCUGCCCCCAAGGGUUUGAUUACUCCCGUCCUGCGCAACGUUGAGAGCUUGGACAUCAUCGGUAUCGAGCGCGGCGUCGCUGAGCUCGCUGGCAAGGCCCGCGACGGCAAGCUGACCAUGCCCGACCUCGAGGGCGGCAACUUCUCCAUCAGCAACCCCGGCAUCUUCGGCUCCCUCUUCGGCACCCCAGUCAUCAACUACCCCCAGGCCGCCGUCUUCAACAUGAACGGCAUCAAGGAGCGCCCCGUCGUCGUCGACGGCAAGCUCGAGAUCCGCCCCAUGAUGUACAUCACCGUCACCUACGACCACCGCCUCAUCGACGGCCGCGAGGCCAUCAGCUUCCUGAACAUCGUCAAGAGCUACAUCGAGGACCCCGCCAAGCUCCUCCUGGCCUGA